GGUGAACAUGAUGAACAAAACAGCUGCUAAACACCAGCAUGUUAACAUUGUCAUUGUGAGCAUGUUAGCAUGCUGUAGUUAGCAUUUAUCUCACAGCACCACUAUAUCUAAGUACAGCCUCACAGAGCUGCUAGCAUGACUGCAGACUCUUAAGUCAUGUUUAAGCCUUGGUGAUAGCUAGGAUAUUUAUAUUUUCAUCUAUAUUUUAACCAGAGAUCCUUUUCUUAAGUUUGCUUUGUUCUUUGGCUCCGCCCACUAAUACAACACAACCACUCAGGCUAUUUCUGCUACAUAAGCAGCUCCGCCUUUCAGAAAAAAAGCUUCUCAAACUAAAACACGUAUUACAGAAUCAUCAGCAGAAAUAGGCCAUACAGGAAGAGGUUUCCCACCUACAUUUCACUUCAGUCUGAUGUUCACACAGUCCGCAGCAAGACAACAUGGAGGUCGCAGCUCUCUGCAUCAGACUGUUGGUGACUGUGGUGACCCUGCUGUGUGCACAUGCUCAGAAAAAUGAUCCAGUUAUCUGUAUCGUCCCAAACAGACUGCAGUUCUUUCAAUAUGAGUCUGUAACUUUUCAUUGUGAGGAGUUUGAUGGUUCAACUGGAUGUAAACGUGUACAUGAGUCCAAAGGGAAAAUACCCCCAUGUGGUACUAAUAGGGUGAAAUCAGCAGGUUCAUCCUGCGACAUUGUUAAUGUUUAUCCAGAGGACAGUGGUGAAUACUGGUGUGAAGCUGGAGGGGGGAGAAAUAGCAGCAUCAACAUCAAUGUCACUGUUGGUUCUGUGAUUCUGGAGAGUCCUGUUCAUCCUGUGAUGGAGGGAGAAACUGUGACUCUGCGCUGCAGAAACAAAACUACUUCUGCCAACCUCCCAGCUGAUUUCUAUAAAGAUGGACUCUUCAUCAGGACUGAGCCUACAGGAAAAAUGACCAUCGUCAGUGUUUCCAAGUCUGAUGAAGGACUCUACAAGUGUAACAUCUCUGGAGCUGGAGAAUCACCAGAGAGCCGACUGGCUGUCAGAGUGGUGACUGUGGUGACCCUGCUGUGUGCACAUGCUCAGAAUGAUGAUCCAGUUUUCUGUAUCGUCCCAAACAGACUGCAGUUCUUUCAAUAUGAGUCUGUAACUUUUCAUUGUGAGGAGUUUGAUGGUUCAACUGGAUGUAAACGUGUACAUGAGUCCAAAGGGAAAAUACCCCCAUGUGGUACUAAUAGGGUGAAAUCAGCAGGUUCAUCCUGCAGCAUUGCAAAUGUUUAUCCAGAGGACAGUGGUGAAUACUGGUGUGAAGCUGGAGGGGGGAGAAGGAGCAGCAUCAACAUCAAUGUCACUGAUGGUUCUGUGAUUCUGGAGAGUCCUGUUCAUCCUGUGAUGGAGGGAGAAACUGUGACUCUGCGCUGCAGAAACAAAACUACUUCUGCCAACCUCCCAGCUGAUUUCUAUAAAGAUGGACUCUUCAUCAGAACUGAGCCUACAGGAAACAUGACCAUCUCCAAUGUUUCCAAGUCUGAUGACGGAGUCUACAAGUGUAACAUCUCUGGAGCUGGAGAAUCACCAGAGAGCUGGCUGGUUGUCAGAGAAUUUCACGAGGACACUUGUCCGUGCUUAGAUCACGGCUGUCAUAUUUACCUCAUCCUGAAAGCAGUGUUCGCCUUUGUGUUGGUGGCUCUGCUGCUGCGGCUGGAACUACUUCACUGUGGGAAACUCGGAGUGGUGACUGUGUCGACCCUGUUGUGUGCACAUGCUCAGAUAAAUAUUUUCUGUAUCGUCCCAAACAAACUGCAGUUCUUUCAAUAUGAGUCUGUAACUUUUCAUUGUGAGGAGUUUGAUGGUUCCACUGGAUGUAAACGUGUACAUGAGUCCAAAGGGAGAAUACCCACAUGUGGUACUAAUAGGGUGAAAUCAGCAGGUUCAUCCUGCGACAUUGUAAAUAUUUAUCCAGAGGACAGUGGUAAAUACUGGUGUGAAGCUGGAGGGGGGAGAAAUAGCAGCAUCAACAUCACUGUCACUGUUGGUUCAGUGAUUCUGGAGAGUCCUGUUCAUCCUGUGAUGGAGGGAGAAACUGUGACUCUGCGCUGCAGAAACGAAACUACUUCUGCCAACCUCUCAGCUGAUUUCUAUAAAGAUGGACUCUUCAUCAGGACUGAGCCUACAGGAAACAUGACCAUCUACAGUGUUUCCAAGUCUGAUGAAGGACUCUACAAGUGUAACAUCUCUGGAGCUGGAGAAACACCAGAGAGCUGGCUGGUUGUCAGAGACCUUCAGAUGGACACUCAUCCACCCUCAGAUCACUGGUGUCAUAUUUACCAUGUCCUGAGAGUAGUAUUCGCCUUUGUGAUGGUGGCUCCGCUGUUGCUGGUGGUAGGACUACUUCGCUGUGGGAAACUCAGAGGUACAAAAGAUAACUCGUGUCCACCCACAUGUAAAUGUAACUGCAAAACUAAAGAGAGCAAUGGAGUAAAUGACAGAGAAGACUGA